AUAUUCUUAUAAAAUUUCAUAAGAAAUAAUCCCAUGGAACAGCAAAAACAUUUCUAAUUAACAAAAAAAGAAGAAGCAAACUGAAUUGUUUGUUGAACUAAAGGAUCUGGUAAUAAUAAUGGGAGAAGAAGAACAAACCCUAGAACAGGGAAGAAGCUCUCUGGCAGCUCCUCUAAUCUUUCUUACUGUCAUCUGCUUUCAAUUGAUCUCCGCAAGGCUCGAACUAUUGAAAAAGAGAGCAGCUAAGAGUGCUACUGAAGUUCAGCUGCGUGCGGAAAUUAAACAGCUAUUGAAAGAGGCGAGCUCCUACUCACAGCCAUCAACGUUUGCUCUGGCAGCAAAACUUAGGAGGUUGGCAGCUGCAAAAGAGAAAGAACUUGCAAAUCGUCAAGAGAUGCACAUGAAGGAGAUGAAACUGUCUUAUGAUUUAUACCUUCGAGUAACAUUUGGCUUAAAGAUUGUGACAUACUUUCUAAUGAUUUGCUGGUUUUGGAGAACUCCUGUUGCUGCAAUUUCUCAGCAACUGGUGCAACCCUUUGGAAGGCUUUUAUCCUGGGGUGCUGGAGGUCAUUUCAAUGACAAUAUAUUGUUGCAGGUUGGAAUUAUUCCGUGGCUAGUAUUAUCUACAAGAGUUAGCAAAUUUGUGUGUCGAGUCGUCCAAUAGAACAAGGAACAUGAUAAUUUUUCAAACUUACGUGCUUCAAUUUACAUUCCGAUAGAGAUCGGUUGCAGCUUUGGUGUAUUUUUCUCCCAAUCUUGAUUUUUUUUUAUUAGGAAAUUAAGUUUAUAUAUGAUGUACACAUUCAGUUUUGGUUGAGCUGAGUGGAGAUUCAACUACCUCUUGUAGCUCAUUACUUAUAGAAUAGCAUCCAUGUUCAUUGUCUGA